GGGUAGCGCCAGUCGCCGCGUCAGCUCACCGCCGCGCGGAGGUGCCGAGUCGGGCCGACCUGCGCCGCGCCGCUGCGAGCCGAGCCGAGCCGCCGAGAGCCGAGCCAGGUGCCCACAGCCGCGCCGGACCGAGCAGACAGACGCCAGCAGCGUCAGUGUGUGCCAGCUAUGCCGAGGAGAAGCGGGGAGCGGGACAAACACGCACAGGGUCGCUAGCGUCACGCGGCGCCUGCCGUACGCCAUCUUCGACCGACGGUGCGUGACGUCACAGCGAGGGUCAGGCGGCCGGCGUCCGAUUGGUGGGUGCCAGUCACGUGCCGGCUGGAUUGUUGAUACCGGGAGGAGCCUCGCGCGGCCGGACCGAGCGCCGGCACGAAAAAUUAUUUCCAUCCAAUUCACCGAAAAUUAAUCACCGAUGAGUUCGUUUCUGAUGAACUCGGGUCCGUACGUGGACCCCAAGUUUCCGCCGAGUGAAGAGUACAGCCAGGGGAGCUAUAUUCCGCACAGUGAGUACUACAUACCCCAGCACCAGCACUAUGGCUACCCGGCCGCUCAGGCCCACCUGGGCUACGGACGCGAGAGUGUUGCCUAUAACCCGAGUGCUGCCGCCGCCGCCGCCGGCUACUACCAGAACUCAUUCAUGCACCCGGCCCAGCAUAUGGGCGCGCAUACAGUGCCGGCUCUGCCGAACCCGUCGCCGCCGACGCAGCCGACGCUGCACCGUUCUCCGGUGCCGGUGAGCUCGCCGCAGCCGCCGAUGGGCGGCGCGCUGCUGACCUCUCCCGGUGGCCCGAUGACCGGUCACCCGGGUCAGCACGGCGGUCCGGCGACCCAGCACGGCGGCCAGGGUCAGGAGAGCCACUCAGACGGCUGCGACGAGAAUGACACGGGCGAGGAGCAGGAGGGCAGCGCCCGCGUCAUCUACCCGUGGAUGAAGAAAAUUCACGUGGCUGGAGCUGGCGAAUGGAUCAAAAACAAUGGCGCCUUCCAACCUGGAAUGGAGCCAAAACGGCAGCGGACCGCCUACACACGGCACCAAAUCCUCGAGCUCGAGAAGGAGUUCCACUUCAACCGCUAUCUGACGCGACGGCGGCGGAUAGAAAUCGCGCACAGUCUCUGUCUCACCGAGCGGCAGAUCAAGAUCUGGUUCCAGAACCGGCGCAUGAAGUGGAAGAAGGACAACAAGCUGCCCAACACGAAGAACGUCCGACGCAAGACCAACCCCGCCGGCGUCACGACGACAAUCCCUCCAAAGACUGCGACCACCACGGCUAGUGGCACGGUACCGCAGCCGCAGCAGACGCAGGCGCAGACGCAGCAGCAGCACCCGCCGCAGCAGCAGCAGCAGCAGCAGCAGCAGCAGCAGCAGCAGCAGCAGCAGGCGCAGCAGGCGGCGGCGCCGCGGCCGCCGCCGCCGGCGCCGGGUCUACACCCCCUCCAGCACCCGAUGGCCGGCGCGCAUAUGCCGCAUCCAGGUGCUGUCAAACCCGAGUACGGUCUCACAAACCUGUAAUCGGGGCCCGCGUACUUAGUUGUGCCCGUGUGUGCGUGUGUGGUUGUCGGCGACGCGCAGUCCGGUUCCUAGCGGCAGCGGCGCCGCACGCGUGGCAAUACACACCGCAAUAGGCGUCGUCGCGUCGCGAACGUCUCUCGCGACGAUCGUGGCGCGCCCGUGCGCCAUUUCAGGGAUUCGCUGCGCCGCGCCCGAUGCGACGCGCCCGUCCCACGGCUCUUCAUGUGUAGCAAUAAGGUGGGAUUUCGUACGAACCAAAGGUUAUAUUGUUAUAGUUUGUAUUUAAUUUAUUUAGAUGCUUUACGUUGUCGGCGCGUUCUGCGAUCGGACGCUGCGAACGGCCGACGUUAUUCUGUGUUAGCCAGGUCAGCGCUCUUCUCCGGGGGUCGGUGAUGACCUGCGUGACCCCGGUGACCUCGGUGACCUGUGGACGCUGCCGGUGUCGCCGAGCGCAGCUCUGACAUAGCGUUGUAGCCUAUGCAGACGGGCGGGGCGAUGAGCGCCGAGGACGCUUCAGUGAGGACGCCCCAGCUCAUGAUGAGGACGCCCCAGCUCAUGAUGCGGAUGCGCCGCUCGCCGUCAGGCCAACGCGAAUACUCGAGAAGCCAUACUCAAUCUCAGGGAUUGCACGACGUCGGCGGAGGGGAACGGUGUCGGUCCUGUUGUCCUGGCCCCUUCAGUCGGUCCCCUGCCCUGUUCAUUCCCUUCCGGAUCCUCUUCUAUCCCCCGGGUCAAGGCUCCGGUGACAGGCGGCGCCUUUCUUGGGCACGCGCCAGCCAGGACGUGCUCCUGCGACCGUGGGGACGCCCGUCCCUGCCACGCGACCCUUCCCCCUGCAUUUGACCAGCUAUCACCCCUCAGAAGUUCGGCACCUCUCAUUUCAAAGCCGCCGAGCGUUCACAAGCACCGUCGAGAUCGACUGACCCUGUCGUCGCGUCGGUGUCGUCGCGUCGGUGUCGAAAUUUGACCCGGGCGCGAACGCACCGUCCCCCUCUCUGCCCGACGUCGCUGCCGUGUGCGAACUGCUACCACCAAGUUCGGCUGUACAGAUGUAAAUAGCUCAAACCAAACGUGAGUGUUGUGAGUGUUCGUGCGAGGUUUCUCGAUCCAGGCCGUGGUGGGCGGCUUUAGGAGAUGAUUUGCCUGAGUUUGCGCUAGGAGUUGAUGCAUAUGACGUGUUAGCAGUAUUAUUUAACAGGCAACCUAGUCGUGACCGCUUGCGACGGGGGCGUGAGCCCCAUACUCAAAUGCUAUGAUUCGUUUUCCCAGAUGGUUAUUUGGACCCUCUUUGCGCGUGCGUACUUGUCAAAUUGUGCUAACGUACUGUCUGAGAUUGAAUUGUUGAGCAAAACGGGUUAUGAACUGCAGUAGACGAAAUGUAUCUAUAAAAUGCCGUAAA